AUGUCGAGCACAAAAGAAAAAAUGAACAAAUCAUACAUUGAUAACAAGUUAGCAGGUAUAUUUGAGCCUAUGGUCAAUCAUAUAUUCCAAGAGAAUCCACCUGAUACAAUUGAAUAUAUGAUUAGAUAUCUAAAAGAUCAUUACGGUAAUAGACCUUCAAUAAAUUAGAAUGAGCGAAUGGAGCUGGAUUUCUUAAGGCAAGAAGUAGAUAAGCUGAAGGAUAUGGUUGGAGUAGAGGACGAUGCAUCAGAGAAUGAAUCGAUCCCAUCUGAUGAAGAUGAAUAUAUUGAUGAUUUACCAUAAGUUAUCAAUGCCAAUAAAUAGAAAGGACCAAGAUCAUCAGUCAGUGCUGAAGUUUUUGGAACUUGGAAUAAGAAGGGUGAUUUUAAAGCCCCAAAAUAUGAAAAAUCAGAUCAAAUAAGAGAUGCUCUGCAGAAAAGGCUUGAAUAAGCUUUCAUGUUUUCUUGUCUCAAUCCUCAAGAACUUUAAAUUGUUCUGAAUGCUAUGCAGCAAGUCAAAAAGCAGCCAGGAGAUGUUAUUAUCAGAGAAGGAGAUGAUGGAGAUAAUCUCUACGUGGUUGAGAGUGGAGUUUUAACCUGCACAAAACAUUUUGUAAGUUUCAAUUAUCUCAUUUAAUCAUUUUAGAAAGGUAACCCUGAACCAACUUUCCUUAAGGAAUAUCAUCCUGGCGAAGCAUUUGGAGAACUUUCCCUUUUAUAUAAUGCUCCUAGAGCUGCAACUAUUGUGGCAAAAACUGAGGCUGAGCUCUGGUCAUUAGAUAGAUAAACUUUCAAUCACAUAGUAAAAGAUGCAGCAUCCUAGAAAAGAGACAAGUAUGAAGAGUUUUUAAAGGGUGUUAAAAUUCUGACUAAUAUGGAUGAGUAUGAAAGAUCAAAGCUAGCAGAUGCAUUUAAGGAACAUUGGUUUAAGCCUGAUGAGUUUGUUAUAAGAGAAGGUGAAGAAGGCUAAACAUUUUAUCUAGUAAUGAGCGGUAAAGCAGUUGCAACCAAGACUUUAGAGCCAGGAAAUGCUCCAGUUGAAGUAUUUUCUUAUGGACCAGGAGAUUAUUUUGGAGAAAGAGCAUUGAUGAAAAAUGAGCCAAGAGCUGCAAAUAUCAUAGCCAUCACAACUCUUCAAGUUGUUGCAUUGGACCGUCACAGCUUCAAAAGGUUACUUGGACCCAUGGAAGAUAUAUUAAAGAGAAAUAUGUCCUUAUAUAAGCAGUACUAUUGA